CAAGAAAUGGAGAAAAGGAGCAGUAGGAAAGAAUGUCUAACAAGUGACGUCUGGGCUCAGCUGAUUCUGUUUUCAAUGGACAUGUCCACAUGUGAAGACAGUCUCCAUUCACGUAGUCUGACUACAAACCAACAGCAUUCGGCUCUCAUUUCCCCAUCUGAUCCUUUGUCUUUGCCUGGAUACACAGAUGAAGAACGUAUGGCCAACAACAACCACCUCAAGUUACCCAUCCCAGAGGUGAAUGAGGAGAGAUUCUGGGACACAGAGAAGACUGAGCAGAGCCCACCAGAACAGAUGGCCAGCAACAGGACCCGCUCCAAUUCAACCAGUGUUCAUCCUUACUGGAUUGGUGAUCUGGACAGCAUCAUCAUGAAGACACCAGAGCUGUAUACCAGUCAUUCCCAUGGGAACGGUGGUUUAUAUGGAAACAGGAAGUCUCUGUCCCAGCAUCUGGAGUUUCCUCCCACCACUACACAACCUGUCCAGCAUCCCUCCCGCUCUCUCAGCUCUGCCCAGCUGCUACACUCCUGCAACAGUGUGCAAGCUUUCAUAAUAUGUAACAUUGUGCUGAUGAAGGGCCAUGGCAAGGGUCUGGGCUUCAGUAUAGUGGGUGGGAGAGACAGCAUGUAUGGACCAAUGGGGAUCUAUGUCAAGACCAUUUUCCCUGGUGGGGCAGCCGCUGCUGAUGGAAGGCUGCAGGAGGGUGAUGAGAUCCUGGAGCUGAAUGGAGAGUCACUACAUGGUCUGACUCAUGAUGAAGCCCUGCACAUGUUCAAACAAAUCAAGAAGGGCCUGCUGACUGUGGUGGUGAGGACAAGCCUGCGUGUGGGGGCCCUGUGUGGUCAGUCGCAGGUAGCUCAGCUCUGCAGGUCCCGCUCCCUCAGUUCCACCACAGCCAUGGUGAGGGCCAGCGCUGACAUGGGAGAAUACAACUACCUGAACAAUGGCUGCAGUAACGCACUCAGUGUCCCACGUCAGCCUGCUAAACCCAGAGACCGCAUCGUGAUGGAGAUCAUCCUACAGAAAGAGGCUGGUGUUGGUCUGGGCAUUGGACUGUGCUGUGUUCCAUCUGGUGACGCGUGCCCUGGGAUCUACAUACACACCCUGUCUCCUGGAUCUGUAGCACACAUGGAUGGUAGACUGCGUUGUGGGGAUGAGAUCAUGGAGAUCAACGACACUGUGGUAUACAACAUGGCCCUGAAUGAUGUCUACACAGUGCUGAGCCAGUGCACAGCAGGUCCAGUCCACAUCAUCAUCAGUCGACACCCAGACCCCAAAGUAUCAGAGCAGCAGUUGAAUGAUGCUAUUGCUCAGGCAGUGGAAAACAGCAAACUGAGGAAGGAUAAGAGCCAGUGGAGUAUUGAUGGGCUCCGUAGACUGGAUUCUUGCCCUCAGAGUCGGCAGAGAUGUGAACAUUGUCUGGAAAGGAGUUUCAGUCAGCUGACAGUUCAACGAGCACAGAAGACCAUGACUCGGUCCUGCAGCGACAACACCAACAGCAGCCACCACAACCACGUCACAAUACACAGUCUCCAUAACACACACCAUCACCCAUCAGCCCGUGUCCACAGCCUAGACACACCCAAGUCUAUGAGAGAGACAUGGUCGGACAACAGAUUGUCAGUGCCUGUGUAUCCUGAUGAAGACUAUCAUGUCCCAUACAACUCUGCUGCUGCUAACCUGUCCGGUCAGCAGGCCCUGGAUCCGGCCCUCAGGGGCCACAAGUCCACCUGCAGGGUGCGUGCUGCUACACAUCGAUACUGCUGGCCUCAGGAUGUGACCAGUGAGGAGGGUUAUAAUGGAGACUCCAGUGGCUCCAGUACAGGAUCCCCAGUUAGAGAUGGAGGACUGGAGUCCUCAUCACACACCAGCUGCCAGCAGGAAGGAGAACGGAUAAGAGAAGAGUCAGAGGGGACCAAAGAUUUCACUCACCCAGACACUGCAGCCUGCACCAACAACAGACUACACACAGGUGAUUCAUCAGCUGAGUUCUGCUCACAGCAAAAGAGAGGAGCUCUAAGGAGACAGGCUCGUGUUGACCAACACACCAAAGAACAACUCCAGGAUCCCUGGGUUCGCCUCUCAGACAGCUCCCCUGAAGAGCUGCCUGGCAUCCCUGUUGCAGACAAGACACAGGCUACCAACAACCACAGCGAGCCGGCCACAAUGAGUGACAAAGAAAACACACCCGAGCCCAGUGGCACAUCCACAGAUUCAUCUUCAGACCCUCCGUCUGACACGACUCUUGAAAAUACAUCUGAAACUCCUCCAGGAGGAAAGACGGCGCCCCCUGUGGCUCCCAAGCCUGCAUGGUUUCGCCAGAGUCUGAAGAAAAUUCGGGGUGAGCAGGAUCAGAAGAAACAAAGCAAACCGGUGGAUCAGAGGCCUGCUGUGGGCUCCAACAGAAGCUUCAAAGUCAGAUCUGCUUCUUCUUCAAACAACCUUUCAAUCAGACAAAAGAUCUCCUCAUUUGAGACUUUUUCCAGUCCAGAGGGUCCAGAGAAGGGGGGAAUCAGGAGGCCUGUGGCCCCCUCAGUCUCUCUCCCUGUGGAGAAGGAGUCCAGGAGUCCCCCUAACUCACAUGGAGAUUAUGAGAAGGACAAACACAUCAUCUCAGAAGAGAUCCAGGAGAACCAACCUGCACCAGUUAGAGAGACAAACAAUGCAAAUGUCUCUUCUACAACCUCCUCUACUUCUGAAGCUUGUCGUCAAAAAACAGCCACGUACACUGAAAACGGAAGUCCCGCUAUCCAAGAUGUCCCACUUUCUGACACCGUCAGCAGUGAUCUGGGCUCAGGAAUACAUGAUUCUCAUUCAGCUCCAGUUGUUAAUGAGAGGAAUGUUCCAUCAAAACAGGAGUCUGAGCUAGAAAGAGUAGGUCUGACCAGGUCCACAGAGGACCAAGCACCACCCCCUGUGACAUCUAUGAGAUCCAGUCCAGCUGAAGAGGAAAGUCCUCCAGAGGGGACGGAGGAGGAGGGAAAAGAGAACCAAGGAAAGUCAUUGAGCAAGACUCUGAGUGCUGCUCCAUCAGAAGACAUGAAGCCCCUGAGAGGUGGAGAGGGGGAGAGUUUUGGGAAAAUCCUCGCCUUCAGUAACCAGGUUUCACAAGCAUUGAUGCGCUCUCAACCCAUCCAUCCCUGCCAUGAUAACUCUCACUCCCCGAGCCUGCAGGAGCCCUGUGGACCGGAUGCUACCAACCCUCAGGAGAGUGAGCAUGCACUUGACAGCGCUGACAGAGGCUUCUCUGUUAGCUUAGCCACACUGAGAGAGUACACCAUUGAGCGAGGGGAGGGAGGGUCUCACGAUGAGCCAGCAGUCACUACUGCUUGUGCUCACUCUGUCAUCUCAGCCAUCCCCUCACAGGAAAUACAGAGGAUGAUCCAGGAAGUCAAAGCUCUGGAUGAAGAGACACUGAAGCAACUGCUGGACAUCCAUGUUGUGAUUCUGCAUAAAGAUGAGGGAAUUGGGCUGGGCUUCAGCAUUGCUGGAGGCUCUGACCUGGAGAGCAAAGCAGCUACAGUGCACAAGGUGUUUCCCAGCGGCCUGUCAGCUCAGGAAGGCACCAUUCAGAAAGGAGAUGAGGUGUUGUCCAUUAACGGUCAAACACUGCGCGGAGUCACACACGCUGACGCCACCAAUGCUCUGCGUCAGGCCCGCAACCUGAAGCAGGCCGUGGUGGUCAUCUGCAAGAGAGCAGAGGAGGAAGGAAGAGAGGGAGGGGGCUGCAGGAGUGAAGAGCCCAACCCUGCAGUAGAGGAGCAGGGAGAUCCGGUCAUUGUGCAGCUGGAGAAAGGAGCUGGAGGAGUUGGGUUUACUCUUGAGGGAGGAAAAGGUUCAAUCCAUGGAGACAGACCUUUAGUCAUCAACAGGAUCUUUGCAGGUGGAGCAGCAGAACAGAUUGGUCUGCAGCAUGGAGAUGAACUGCUGCAGGUCCAGGGUGCUAGUCUGCAGGACAUGACUCGCUUCGAGGCCUGGAACAUGAUCAAGGCUUUACCUGAAGGACCCAUCACAGCAGUCAUCAAGAGGAGGCAGGAGGGGGCAGAAUGAGCUGCUUACUAAUGAAGAGACCUGUAGAACCUGAUAAUGUAAUAAAUUCCCGAUAAUGUAAUAACCCUGAUAAUGUAAUAAAAUCUGCACUUGAGUCUAUUGAAAAUGUAAUAAAACCUGAUGAUGUAAUAACUUCCCGAUAAUGUAAUAAAGUGCAUUUCCCAAUAAUGUAAUACACUUUUUACCAAUAAUGUAAUAAAGUAUAACAUUAAUGGGAGGUUAUUACAUUAUCAGGUUAGCCUUCAUUUCCCAAGUCCUGAUAAUGUAAUAAUUCCCCAAUAUUGUAAUAAUUUAACAGCAGACCACCCAUUACUUGGGUCCAAGUGGUGAUACUGUGUAGGCAACUCUAGCUCAAGAGCUCUAGCGCCACCAACAGGUCAAAGUUGAAUGUUUAUUAACUUUCGACCUGUUCAUCCGUUUUUCACAAACGAGGUAUCCAGGACACACGAAUGCAUUCAACAGCUUCUUGAAAUCUAAAGGUGCUUGGUGUUAUACUUUAUUACAUUAUUGGUAAAAAGUGUAUUACAUUAUUGGGAAAUGCACUUUAUUACAUUAUCAGGAAGUUAUUACAUUAUCAGAUUUUAUUACAUUUUCAGUGGACUCAAGUGCAGAUUUUUAUUAC